AUGGCCGGCCUAGGUCCCCAAGUAACCAACAUCGUCAUCAUCCUGGGUAUGAUGCAGGUGGCCAAGAGGGUCCCCUUCGAAGAUCCCAAUGUGCUCAACGCCUGCCGUGGUCUCUACCUGCUCAGCAACCUGAUCAUCAUGGGCAUCUACCUGUACAUCAGGACCAAGAUUGACGGCAAGAAGGACAUGACAACGCUCAAGUACGUCGAGCCGGCCCCGAUGGGCUCCACUGAGGAGGGCAAGCUUGUCACGACCACGAUCCACGCGUAUGACAUGGGCCAGCUCAAGCAGGCCUUCCGGUCGCAGCUGAUGGGCAUGGGCAUGAUGGUCGUCAUGCAUUUCUACUUCAAGUACACCAACCCGCUGCUGAUCCAGAGCAUCAUCCCGCUCAAGUCCGCCUUCGAGGGCAACCUGUUCAAGAUCCACGUCCUCGGCCACCCGGCCUCCGGCGACCUCAAGAGGCCCUUCAAGGCCGCCGCCGGCUUCAUGUCCGGCAUGCAGGGUCCCCCCGAGAGCGACAAGAAGGCCGUCGAGGCUGCCGAGCGGGCCGGCCGCGGUGGUGCCAAGGAGGAGUAA